UAAAACCUUUUUCACUUUUUCAUUAAGUUUUUCUUGAUUUCCUUUUUCCUCAAUCUUAAUUUUUACAUUUUCCCUUUUGGUUGCUCUUGAAAAUGCCACAUAAUGUGCAAAUCCAUGUGCAAAUACUGGAUUUGUUAAAUAUAUCCCAACUUUUUCAAAAGUCUGUCCUUGUGACUUAUUAAUUGUCAUUGCAAAUGAUACUCGUAUUAGAAACUGUCUUUUUUUUAAUUUAAAUGGCAAUUCCCAAUCACUUUUUAUUAAAUCUAUUUUUGGAAUGAUGACAAUUUGUCCUCGUGCAGGACCUGUUAGAAUUUCUAAAUUCAUAAAUUAUAUUAUUUUUUAAAUUUGUUACAAUUGAUCUUGUACUAUUGCAAAGUCCUUUUUCAGUAUUUAAAUUCCUUAUUAGGAUUAUUGUAGCAUUGAUUUUUAUUUUUAGUCGAUAUACUGGCAUUCCUGAAGGUGUCAAUAAGUUUAAAAAUUUAUUCGGAUAAUUUAUUUGCUCUUUUGCAUCAUUACUUAUAAUAGUGUCAAUUGAUAGUUAUUCUUUUUCUUCUCCAUCCAUUUUUUUCUAGAAUUUCGUCUCUAAUUUUAAAUGUAUCCUUUUUUUUGGACACAAUAUCGCCCUAUCUGGAUUUUUUCUUAUCUAUUCCAUAAUAAUUCUUUCACUAGUAGUAGUAAUUCUUUAUUGAUUUCCCUUGGGAUUACAAUUUUUUACAAAACAAACAGCCUUAUCCUUAAUUCUAACUUAAUUCCAGCUUAUUACUAAUAACCUGGGCCGUUCUCGAGGGCCGAGCUCCGUUUCCACAUCACUCCGCCCUUGACACGUCCUCGCUUACGCACACGCACACACACCGCUUCCCUAACUAUUGGACUUCCGUUUCCUUUUGCAUACGUACUCCAAAUUUAUACCCUUCUCUCAUUCUCUCACUUAUCGCACUCAUUUCUCUCCUCACUCUCUUUUCCUCUCAUCCCGUUUCAUCCAUCCACAAACUUCUCUCUGCCCUUCCCUUCCUCCCCCUCAUCACCUCGCCUGGUUCUCCACUACCCUUUUUCCUCUUUUCCUCCAAUUCCCUCAUCCAUCUCUCUCCCUCUCCCUCCUCGCUCAACACCCAAUCCAUCGCCUUCUGCCAAUUCGAACUCACCCCCUGUUUCCAUUUCCUACAUGACUCCCACGUGCUCUCAUGACUCUUUCUCCAUUCCGCACAUUCUACAUCCCCUUCUUUCCUUCUCUUUCCAGUAUCUUCCCUCCCUCAUUUUACAACCUAAUCUAAACUUUGCGACUCUCCUCCACCUGCUCUCUCCCCACUCUUUCUUUAGAUAUCCCGGUACCCCUUCUUAUACACCCUUCUUCUUUACCCUUCCGUACCAUCUGUUGAAUCUUGACUCCUUGAUUCUUUCCCAUUUUUCUUUCUUUUGCCCCUCUUUAUCCUCCUCUAUUAAUUUGCUGAAUCUCUCUUCCUUCUCACUUACCCUUAUCAUAUCUAUCCCUCUGUCCAAAACUUCCUUCUCUCCCCCUCCCGCGCCGCGUCCUCCUUUCUAAGCUCCCUUCUUUUUACUUCUUCCCAACAUUUCCUUGCCAGUCCACUCCCAUCCCCUCUCUCCAGUCUUCUCUCGAAGUUCCACGCCCGUGCCACUGCCCUAUUUAAUAAUUCUUUCACUAAAUAUCUCAUUUAUAAAAGAUCCCUUUAUUACAAAAUCCUAUGGGAUUUCAAUUGUAUCAUGAUGUAGUCCAUCAGUAUUUGAUAAUUUACCACCUUCCAAGUUGCAUCAACAAAUUUGCAAAUUUUUUUUCUUUUGUAGUUUUCAUAUUUUGCUAUAGUUUAACUUUACUUACAUUCUUCCAUAGUGGAUUAUAUUUUACUGUCGUUUCUAUUAUAGCUGCUUUAUUUGCAUGAGACGCUACUGGUAGACUUUAUCUAAAAUCUUCUGCAAAUAAAAUAACUUUUUCUCCAAAUGGUUUUUGAUUCUUCAUCAAUUCCCUUAAGAAUUUAUCAUCUGCAGUUAAAGCAUGUCCUACUGUCAUACUCACCUCAUCUCAUAUGAUUAGUUUUGCAGAGAUGAGCUUUCUAGCUGCCACAGUGUUUCCUCUAAUAUUUGAUUUGGCUCCAUCUAUGGAAAUUGUUAGCUUAAACAAGGAAUAAUAUGUUCUUCCUUCUUUUAGUAGUGUAGCUGCAAUUUCUGUAAAAGCACAUGGUAAAUAGAUAUGUUUUUCCACUCAUUGCAAAUCCAUUAAUAAAAAAUAAUGUUUCCGUUUCAUUUUCAUUAUCUAUUGCUUCCAUGAAUUUUUUGUACACGUGCUUUUGCUCUGCAUUUAAUGUCGUUUUUAAAUCAUUCACGUAUUCUUUCUUUUUCCACAUUACAUUGUGUUUCAUAAAUAUUCCCCCCGGUGGAUUUGGCAAUUGAUAAUCUCUACAGCUACUUCCAUUAAUUUUUAAAACUUUUUGUAUAUGGUUUAAAGUCAUAUUUUCAGGAUUGACAAUAUUUUUCUUUACAUGGUCCUCAAUCAUGUAUUCUUUGUAUUUUAUAUUAUUGGAACAUUUGUUAAGUUUCUGUAGAUGUAUAUGUAAGCAAAUAAUUCUCGUAGUUGUACUGGCAUUUUUGUUUCUAUUGGCUCCUCUAAUGUUUUUUCCUCUAUUGUUUUAGAUCAUCAAUUUCUAUCAAUUGUUUUGCAAUUGCUGCAUCCUUAAAUGUAUUAUAAUGUACAUACUCCAUUUAUAGGUUUUAUAUUCUCAAAACUUUUCGCUCCUGUCACGUGCAGUAGUAGUAGACGUAGAUAAAAUCUCUCAAUAUCUUUAAUACUUACUGUAUAUAGUCUUGAUAUUAUUUUCUCUCCGCUAUUUUUGCAUGGUUUCCACAUUAUUUCUUUCUUAUCAUAGACAUAAUGAUAAGGAAUAUCUGGUGACGCAUUUGCAAUGCAUUUUUAUCUGCUUUAUUCAGUUUUAACCAUGCUGUUAGCAUAGUAUCUCGAUUGAGUUCUCUCUGUGCAGCUCAUUUCUCUCCCGAAAAUAAACUAUUUGACAAUUAGAUGAGGGUGGUUGCGUGAAAUCGUUAUCUUCAAAAAGUAAGAAAUCGUCACAAUCAGAUUUGUACAUGAGACUGGGUCUAUUAUUGGGAUCCAAUCGAGCAAACGUGAGUGCAGAAUCAAGCAUGUGUCCUUCGCGAGCACCGAUACAAGGGCACAGCUCCACGGUCUUCUUCAAUAGUUUAACUAGCUUUGAAACACAAACAAUGGCAUCAACGAAUACAAGUCCAGUAUCGACAUUGACGGGUACGUCGAGCGAAGCAGAGGUCGCGGCGGCGCUACGAUGUCCUAUUCAGCCGAAGAUCAAAGCCAAGGAGAAAACCAAAUCCUGUGACAGCACUGGCAGUCUAGCAUCCAUUUCCACAUCAUUAUCUGCAUCCACGUCAAUGUCCAUGUCUAUGUCCAUGUCGGUAUCAGGUCUCUCAAAUUGUAGCUCCAGUCCGUUUGCAUCUAGAAAACAUUCUUGUGCCACACUAGUAGGUCAAACUGAGUUUAGUCAUUUGAAGAACAAACGAACCUGCGCUCGGAGAUCGGUGAAAACCGGUAACAUUAAAAGUCCAUUUGACGCAAAACUAUGUUACAACCAGCGUUAUACGGCACAAUUAAAUCUGAAGCCAUUAUUCUUUGAGGUGCCGUUAUUAGAAGAAGACCCAUUUUUCGUAGGGCGACAAUGGUUAUUACAUGAAUUAGAAUCCAUAAUUAAUGGUUCCAGUCCUGGCACUUUGAUUUCCGGAUCGCCAGGCACGGGAAAAACUGCGCUUAUUUUGCAACUAGUGGAACAUAGUUGUUUCGGAAGAAAGAGAAAGCAUCCAAGAGCUGCUGAAGUGAAUAAAGAAUGCGACGAGAGAGAAAAACAGAAUACUAAUACGUCUCUGCAAACUAACGUUCAGCAUACUAACGAAAAGGUUUGCGAAUUAGCGUCACACGUUGUGGCUUAUCAUUUUUGCCAAGCCGACAAUAACAGUACCUGUUUAGUCUCAGAUUUAAUUCAUUCACUAGCAGCACAACUCUGCCAAGCUCCUCAAUUGAUUUCAUAUAAAGAAUAUCUUUUAUCAGAGCCCCAUCUUCAAGGCUCACUGUCACAAAAAGAAUGUACUGUUAAUCCAGAUCUUGCAUUCUCAAGAGGUAUUAUCGAACCACUUUCAAUUCUGAAAGAAACCAAUAGACUACCAUCUUCAAAUAUGGUAAUAUUAAUUGACGCAGUUUGCGAGGCAGAAUACCACAGACCAGAUAGAGGUGACACUAUAGCUUCUUUCCUAACGAGGCAUGCACCUAACAUUCCUAGUUGGUUAAAAAUUGUUUGCACGGUUAGAACACAGUUGUUGGACUGUGCGAAACAACUACCAUACACGAGGAUCUCGUUAAACAAAACUACAAACAAUGCGAUUAGUAACAACAUUAACAAGGAUUUAUCCGAUUAUAUUAGUUAUAGAUUAGCACAAAGUCCUUCCAUCCAAUUGAAUGUGACCGGAUCGGUAAAUGGGAAAGCAGAAUCAUCAUGUAGCGCGAAUCAAACAAGAUUCUCUUCCCAUUUGCUCUCUCUAACCAAAGGUAGUUUCCUCUUCGCUAAGUUGACGCUUGAUCUGAUCGAAAGCGGACAUUUAGUUGCUAAAUCUGCGACUUACAAGGUAUUACCGGUAUCUCUCGCACAGAUCUUUCAGUUACACUUUAACUUGAGAUUCCCUACGGUAGCAUCAUUCGACAAAGUACAAUCUCUUCUGGCUGUUUGCUUGGCAGCUUUAUAUCCGCUGACCUUAUCUGAAAUUUUCUAUUCCAUCAAUUCACUAAAUAUAGAUCAUUUUAUUACGUGGGAUGAUUUUUUACAGAGAUUUAAGAUGCUCUCUGGCUUUCUUGUGAAACGCUUAGACAAUACAUACAUGUUCUUCCAUCCAUCAUUUAGAGAAUGGUUGAUAAGAAGAGAUGAGGGAGAAUCAACAAAGUUCCUAUGUGACUAUAGACGUGGUCAUGCAGCGAUAGCAUUUAGACUGUCUCGUCUUGAAGCAUCAUUGGACGGUGAUAAAGCUUUAGAAUUAGGUCACCAUGUGUUGAAGGCACACGUUUACAGAGGCGUAGCACCAUGCUGGCCUUCACGUGAUUUACAAGCGAUUUGGGUGACUUUAUCGACCCAAUGCCUCUCCUCGGCAUUGUGUACACUUCGAAAUAUUUACAGUCCAAAUGUGAAAGUAUCGCGGUUGCUCCUAUUGGCAGGUGCAUCACCGAAUCACAUUACUGAGUAUUUGGGUAGCGCACCGGCUUUAUGCAUGUACGCACAUGAAGGUUCUGUCGAGAUGGUGUCUCUUCUUCUUGAAUUUGGCGCCAAUGUCGGACUGACCAAUAGCCAAGGUUGUACCGCGCUAUCGCUGGCGGCUGCCCGAGGACAUUGUGACGUUGUCAGGAGAUUAGUUGCCGCUGGAGCCUCACUAGGACAUGUAGAUAUGGCCGAUCAAUGUUCUUUGGUGCACGCGGCAAAAAACGGAAGAUUAUCCGUGGUUGGAUAUCUUCUUGCUUGCGAUUGGGUCGUAUCAUCCAGCGAAAAUAAGUCUGAAAACGAUGCUUUGGAAAUAGAUAGAGAAGAAGCCACUCAACAAGCCGUAGUCGCGGCUGCGUCACAGAGCCACGAAGCUAUUGUAGAGUACCUUUUGGACAUGGCAGAAGUUAUUGUAGAUCGUCCUGAUACAUUAAUAGGCGAGACCGCUCUAACAAUCUCCGCUGCCAAUGGGUCGACAGCAACAGUUUCUGCACUUUUAGCUCGAGGUGCUAAUCCUACAGCUGUGAACAUGAAAGGUCUUUCUCCCCUCAUGCUUGCCGCCAAAGAGGGACAUUGGGGUACUGCUGAACGACUUUUGCAAGGAGAUUUAUCUAUCAGUACAGAUACUGUGUCAGAUGAAACAAUGUCGCUUCUAGAACAACGUGAUCUCGUUGGGCGUACUGCUUUAAUGUUUGCCGCAUCUGAAGGUCACACUAAUCUACUUGAGUUAUUUCUGGAUAAAGGAUCAAUUUUAGAAACAAAGGACAAAGAAGGUCUGACCGCUCUCAGUUGGGCUUGUAUCAGAGGAAGCAUAACCGCCGUACAAAUGUUGCUUGAUCGCGGUUCUGAUGUCAAUACAAAUGAUAAUUCUGGCAGAACUCCUUUGGAUUUGGCUGCAUUUCAGGGUAAUCCGAAGCUAGUACAAUUGUUACUUGAGAAGGGAGCCGCGGUGGAACAUGUUGAUCUUCACGGCAUGCGACCUUUGGACCGAGCUAUCGGUUGUCGCAAUAUAUCAGUGAUUCAAUGUUUCUUGCGUCGUGGUGCUAAACUGGGUCCUGCUACAUGGGCCAUGGCAGCAGGAAAACCAGAUAUUUUAAUCAUUUUAUUAAAUAAGCUUUUGGAAGAUGGAAAUGUUUUAUAUCGAAAAAACAGAUUGAAAGAAGCCUCACAUCGAUAUGCGUAUGCACUUAGAAAAUUCCCAGUUUCGCCAGAUGAAGAUUGCCAAGGACAAGAACAAAGUCAUAUGUUAUUGCAGCUUCAAACUUUCACACAACUUCAUUUAAACUUUCUUUUAAAUUUGAGUCGAUGCAAACGCAAGAUGAACGAAUGCACCGAAGCUAUUGAACUCGCUGAUGAAGCCCUCAGUAUUCGGCCCAUUUCUUACGAAGCGUUCUAUGCUAGAGCUAAAGCGCGCGUAAACCUAGACAUGUUUAAAGAUGCUUUAUCGGACGUUCAAGAAGCUCUUCAAAACGUACCAGCUCACAACAAACAAGAUCGUAGAGUACUUACAGCUUUAAAAGAUGAUAUUAUCUGUCGCAUCGAUAGUACUGGGACCAAUAAAGAACAGAACAAUUACGUCGCUAAAUCUUGUCUUCGAGCGUCAGUGGAUACUCUUACUGAAUUGUAAUGGUAUUUGAGUAAAACGCUUAAAUAAGUUGAAAUUAUACUAAUUUGAAUUUAAAUGUAACAAUGAAAAUUCUAAUAAUAGUAGGUAAUUAUAUUAUUAUAACGUAAUUCAGGAUCAUAUCAAGACCGAUGUAAAUUAAUUUAUUAAACUAGAUGAACGGGUUUAUUAAAGUUGGAAUCUGCCUAAAGUAAAAACUUAAUCAGAGGUUUCGUAAUAUAUUUAUAUUUAUUAUAUACUAGCAAUUUGACAAAAACUACAUUAAAAAAUAAAGACCGUACAUUAUUAAUAUAAAAAAGACAAAUUAAGAAUAAAGUUGU